UCGCGAAGAGAGCACCAGACGGAUCAAGAUGUCCUGCUCGCAGGGCUCCUCGGCAUAUAGAGAAGAGGAUCCCAUUUGUGCUCCGACCCCUCUCGCACAUGCUUCAACUUCUCGCAGCAAACCUUGUGCUUCAGCACUGCAUGACGAAAGAAUUCAAAGGGCGCUGUGCACUCCCUUGUUCCUUCGCCGCGCUUGAGCGAACGAAGAGAAUACUCGAGCUCGAGCAAAGAAGGAGCGCGACACAACGACGAACACGAAUCCGGGCACGAAUGCACUGAACCAGG